AUAUAUAUUGUAUUGUUAUCUGAAAAAAGUAUUUUAGUAAAACGUUAAAAACAUAAAUUAUAUAAUUAAAUCUUAAUCAAAUAAUUUUUUUAAUUAUAUAAUUAAAAAUAAAAUAUUGAGAUAUUUUAACAUUUAUUUUACUAAUGAAUAUAGUGUACAAAUAACUUUUCAAAAAUUUAUGAAAAUGUUUAAGUCCGCAUCGCGGACAAAAUGCCUACUUAUCAUUAAAAAUACAAUACUUACAAUAACAAACAAAAAAUACACAGUAUUAACUUUUGUAACUGCACGUAAACAGGAGAGAAGAGAGAGGCUAAGAUGGCUGAACAACAACUAGGAGUGCUGAAGGCACUCGAUGUUGCGAAAACGCAACUUUACCAUUUCACGGCGAUCGUCAUCGCCGGUAUGGGUUUCUUUACAGAUGCUUAUGAUCUGUUUUGUGUCUCCUUGGUGACCAAGCUUCUUGGCCGCCUAUACUACUUCAAUCCGUUGUCAGAAAAGCCUGGUUCACUUCCCCCUCAUGUUGCGGCGGCGGUCAACGGUGUGGCCCUUUGUGGAACCCUUGCUGGUCAGCUUUUCUUUGGAUGGCUGGGUGACAAGCUCGGAAGGAAAAAAGUGUAUGGUAUCACUUUGAUCAUGAUGAUCGUGUGCUCCGUGGCUUCUGGUCUAUCUUUUGGUAACAAAGCCAAGGGUGUCAUGACCACCCUUUGCUUCUUCAGGUUUUGGCUGGGAUUCGGUAUUGGAGGUGAUUACCCUCUUUCUGCGACCAUUAUGUCUGAAUACGCUAACAAGAAGACUCGUGGUGCUUUCAUCGCUGCCGUGUUUGCUAUGCAAGGUGUUGGUAUCUUAGCCGGAGGUUUCGUGGCACUUGCUGUCUCUUCCAUUUUCGACAAAAAGUUUCCAGCUCCGACCUAUGCAGUCAACAGGGCUCUCUCAACGCCUCCACAAGCUGACUAUAUUUGGAGAAUCAUCGUCAUGUUUGGCGCUCUACCUGCAGCUUUGACUUACUACUGGCGUAUGAAGAUGCCCGAAACUGCUCGUUACACCGCUUUGGUUGCAAAGAACAUCAAACAGGCCACACAAGACAUGUCCAAGGUCUUACAAGUGGAGCUUGAGAUGGAGGAAAGAGCAGAGGAUAUCGUUAAAGACCCUAGACUUAACUAUGGCUUGUUCUCCAAAGAAUUUGCCAAACGUCAUGGUCUUCCCCUCCUUGGAUGUACCUCCACAUGGUUCUUGCUUGACAUUGCAUUUUACAGCCAAAACUUGUUUCAAAAAGAUAUCUUUUCAGCUAUUGGAUGGAUCCCAAAGGCAGCAACCAUGAACGGAAUCCACGAGGUUUUCAUGAUUGCUAGGGCACAAACACUCAUUGCACUUUGCAGUACCGUCCCCGGCUAUUGGUUCACGGUUGCAUUUAUUGAUAUUAUGGGAAGGUUUGCGAUUCAGCUAAUGGGUUUCUUCAUGAUGACCGUCUUUAUGUUUGCGAUUGCCUUCCCUUACGACCACUGGAUCAAACCGGACAAUCGUAUUGGUUUCGUGGUUAUGUACUCUCUUACCUUUUUCUUUGCUAACUUUGGUCCAAACGCAACCACCUUCAUCGUACCGGCUGAAAUCUUCCCAGCCAGGCUAAGGUCCACAUGCCACGGAAUAUCAGCCGCAACAGGCAAGGCCGGAGCCAUCGUGGGAGCUUUUGGUUUCCUAUACGCAGCUCAACCACAAGACAAGACCAAGACAGAUGCAGGAUAUCCACCGGGCAUCGGAGUCAAGAACUCUCUGAUCAUGCUUGGUGUCAUUAACUUUGUCGGUAUGCUCUUCACCUUCCUUGUCCCUGAACCCAAAGGAAAGUCCCUUGAAGAGCUCUCCGGUGAGACUGAGGUUGAGAAGUGACCACGCCGUAAUAUUUUCAAUUGUAUGUGUUAUUUGUUUGUGUCAUUCUUCUUAUAUUUGUUUACUUUUUGUGAUGUGUGACGUGAUAAUCGUAAUGGCACCCAUGCUUUUGUAUAAUUCGAUCAAUUCUCAAAGAAAUGAUAAGAAGUAAACAUUUGUAUAAAUUGAUUCUCUUUAGUUUGUUACUUAUAAAUCUGUUACUAGUUUCUUUAAUACCGCGUAGAUUAUAUUAUAAGCAAAAUGAAUAUUUACAACUUAUAAAUUAACCUUCUUUUUUAAACAAACAGUUGAGCCAAACUGCAGUUUUAAAAAAAAGAAAAAAAAACUAAAUAGGCUACCUUAUUAUUCACAAAAGGAAAUUGUAUACUCAUAAAUAAACCUAAUUUUAGCAACAUAUUCAUGUUCUUAUUUGUAUAUAAGUUAUGAAUAUGUAAACGUCAUAAAUACAUAUCUACUCUAUUAAAAUAGAAUCACUUAAAAAAAACUAUUGUAAAAAAUCAAUGGUACAACCAUUUCAUUAAUAGUUAAUAUGAGGAUUUUUAGUGACUUAAACCCCCAACUACUUUUAAAUCAGAUCAUUAACUAAAAUUUUAUGUUUUUAAGCCUUCAAAUAUUAAAUUGUAAUGCCGUUAACCCUCUGUUAACAAAGUCAUCUUUUUGAAUGAAGACCCGUUAAAUUAAAACGCGUAUUUUCAGAUAAACACAAAAACGACACGAGAUACUUACAAUCAACUGGUAUUUUAAUGAUUUAAAUCUCCAACUAAAUCGGAUGAAAAACCCCCAACUAAAACUUUAUGUUUUUAAACUUUCAACUAUUAACGGUUUCCCGUUCAGAAAAGAUGACUAUGUUUACGAAGGUUUAAUAGUUGAGGUUUAAAAACAUAAAGUUUUAGUUGGGGGUUUUUCAUCGAAUUUAAAAAUAGUUGGAGGUUUAAAUCACUACAAUACCCGUUGAUUGUAAGCAUCUAGUGUCGUUUCUGUGAAUAUAUGAAACACCGUGUUUCAAUUUAAGGAGUCUCCGUUCAGAAAACAUGAUUUUGUUAACGAAGUAUUAAUGGCAUUAAUGUUUUGAGGGUUUAAAACAUAAAAUUUUAGUUGAGGAUUUUCUAUCCGAUUUAAGAAAUAGUUGGGGUUUAAAUCACUAAACACUUGUUUGACUAUUUAAAUCAAUUAGUCUAACAUCUACAUUAAAUCUGACAAAAUAUAUUUUCUAAAACAAACAAAUGUCCAUUUGCUAUCGAAUUAUUAAAAAUGAUUAUCAUGUGUGAUGUUUGACCAAAUAAAUUUGUUAGUUUAGUUUGGUAUAGCUUCAUAUUCUAUAAAUUGGUUUACUUUAUUUAUAUCUAUUCAUAUAUUACACAUCCGAUUAAACCAUCCGACUUAUACUUUAUUUUAUUUAUCACAAACAUAUGUUUGAGUUAACUAUAAACCACCAUCAAAUUUUGUGGUUUCUUAUCUCGCCUAUAUCAAUCACUUUAUGUUAAUGAUUGGCAACAUUAACAUCAUUAGCUAUGAUCGAACAUCAAAUUUUCUGAUUUUACGGGUAAACUUCAGUAGCUAAAAUUUUCUGUUCAUGAUAUACACAUUAACAUCAUUAGCUAUGACAUUCCAAUCCAUUUAUGGUUUAGUUUACACAUUAUUUACCAACGGAUUAUAUCUUGCCAAAUCGUCUUCUAAAAGAUAACGCUAAACAGAGAUUUUUCAGAUAUUAAAUAAAUUUCAAAAAUAUAUAUGAAUCAAAUUAUUAUGUUGGUAGAAAAUCAUUUGUAAAUAUAUCAACUAUAAGUCGGUAAAGUAGUUUCACAAAACAUUAACAUAUCUUUUAAUAUAUUUUUUAAGAAAUAAAUGAUUUUGUAAAUUGAUGAUAUUUUAUAUAUUUUCAAAUUAUUUUUCCUAACUAAUUUAAAAAAUAUCCGAACACUAACUUAUCCCACUUCAAAAACAAAGUGACAAUAUUCUAAUAUGGAGACAUUAACUUCCUUUUAUUCUUUUUUUUUUAAUUCAAGAUUUACAAACAAUAUACUAAUUUAUAAAUAUUGUUACCGUGAUAAAUUUAGUUAAUAUCUUACAAUAUAUUUUGAAAUCAUAAUCACAAAUAAAUUGGACGUAUCCAAUAUAGUUUAAUAUCUUUGAAAAUGUUUAAACCUUGUUGAUUAUGAAAUCACUAUAUUCUAUAUAGGCACACACACUUAUUAAGUUUCUGUACUUUCUCAAGAAAUCCAAAAAGAAUAUAAAUUCCACAUUUCUAAAAUAUGGUAAUAAAAGAGCUGUUUUGUACCUUAAAGAUGAUAAACGUUUCGAGACUGGAUGACGGAUUCAUGUUAAGGUGGUUCAUUCGUGGAAACAAAACAUUAACUAUGAUGGAGAUACUCUUGAACAAAUAGAAAAUAUUCGUAUAGACGUGCACAUCAAAACUCUAGUUUAGUAAUUCGUAUUAAACAUGGUGUUUUAUUAGAAACUGUUGUAGUUAUAAAUUUGUAGACAUGACGCGUGCCAACAGCUCUCCAAGUUGUUGUAAUACAGUUUUAUACUUUUCUGUUUUAAAGAGUUAUUCUAUGAUUAUAUACAUAUUAAAAAUUAAGAGAGUUACUAUAUCUUAUAUUAAUGUUCUAAAUAUAUUUUUAUUUAUAACUUUUAUAUUAAUUAGUAAAACAAAACCAGGAUUUUAUGUGUAAAUAAAAAUGAUAGUUUUGAAAUAAAAUAAAAAUGAUAAUAGCCAGGAUAUCCACUAUGGGAGCUUGUGAACCAGUAAUAUUAAUUUAUAAUGUAAUUUUCUUGUAAAGGAUUAUAGAAAUUCAGUUAGUACAGGUGGAAAAGUGGUGUGUUGCACCCAUAAAAACCCAAGUUUGAAACUACCUUUUGACUGUAUUUCAAUUUUAUUAUCAAUAAUAGUGUAUCCAAUAAUUAAAUAUCCUGGAUUCGCCGUUGUUAAUAGCUCGUUUUGUGAAAUGGAUAGAGUAAUUGUUUAAAGGGAAAUUUGCCAAAACGGAACAAAAAAAUAGUAUGGUUGUCCAUUUAGUAUAAUACCAUCAUUAAGUUUUCAUUUUAGUAUAAUUUUUUUCAUAAUAUCAAAAUUAACCCUUGAUUAAUCAAAUUAAAUACAUUAAAUACAAUUUAAAAGCUUAACCAAACUUUAAAAAGUUUAAUAAAAAGGAAAACAAUGUUUUAAUUUAAAAUUUUUAUUUUUUUAUUAAAAAGUGUAAUAAAACUAAAAAGUUCAAAAACAUUUUAAUUUUUUUAUAAAAAAAAACUAUGUAAAACGUUUUUUAUACUGUUUAUUUAAUGCUUUAUUAAAAACUUUCUUAUGAAGUUUUAUUUUAUUUUUAUUUUAUUUUUAUUAAAGUUUAAUAAAAAUGUUUUACAAAGUUUUAUUUUUAUUUUUCUACAAACGUUUUAAAAACGUUAAAAUUAAAAAAUAUAUUUUUUAUUAAAAGGUUUAACAAAAAAGAAAGAGCGUUUUUUAAAAAAAAAUUAAUAAAAAAAAGAAAAAAACGUUUUUGACAAGGUAAAUCGACCUAUACACAUUUUAAGGAAGUUAGAAUAUUUUUUUAACUGAAAUUUCCUUAAUUUCGCAAAAAGCAUGUUUUCUUAUCCGUAGAAGACAUCUUCUACACUGUGUAGAACAAUGACAAAAGUUCAUAAUGCAAUUACUACCUCAUGUAGACGUAUGAGUAGUGUUUAGAUUUUGCAUUCCGAGAAUUUUAGAGUAUUUCAUAAAAGUAGAAACUGCAUUAUGGAGAAAAGCAAAUAUCUUUACAAUUAAUAGAAUUCACAUUCUUUAUAUUUAGAAUUUUAAUUAAAAGUAGAUUGUUCGUUCUAAAAUAAGUAGAUGAACUUGUAUAAUCUAGAAUUCAUUUUCUACUAACCAAUUUUUUAUAGAAGACAAUAUCUAUUUUAGUAGAACAUUAUUUAAAUUUUUUAUUUAUUAAGUUUUUCAACUAAACAAAAAUACCAUUUUGUGUAUAUCGGUGUUUUAUUAAUUGUUUGUAUUUUUUAACUUUUUCUAUUUGUGAAACUAUUUAUUUCAUUAAGUUUCAGUAAUGAAAAAGGUAAAAGUAAGACAAAAUUGACAAAAUUGAUUUUAUACCAAAAGGACAACCAUACUUUUUUUUUUUUUUGGCAAUUUUCCCUUGUUUAAAAGGCCGCAUAUUUCCUUUUCCCAUCUUCUCGGAUUAUAGUCCGCAAGAAUAUAGAAAAAAUAGUAGGUAUAACUUCUUUUUUUUUUUUAAACAAUAUUAGGUAUAACUAGAAAAUGUAAUUACUUGAUUAUGGUAUUGUUGUGCGGCUGGACUAAUCAUAAAUAUUAUCACGCAACACAUUGACUUUUUGGCAAUUGAUGUUGUGAUCGUUACAGCUAUCAAAAUAGUCCACAUGUCUGCUAUACCUUAACUGUAAAACUGUUUUGACUAAUAUUGAUGUUGAGUAUAUACUCUGAUGCAAACAUAUAAUACGUAAGACACAGCUUGCAAACAUAUCAAGUAUGUAUAUAUGUUCAACAUAAAUCGGUUUUUAUUUCAUAGAUUACUUUUUGUGCUCUGUUUAUUUAUUUAUAAAAUAGCUGACUUCUAUAGAAAAUGAUGUUUUUAUUUAUUUGUGAUAUAUGUAGGUACCUUUCUUCCUUUUUUUGGGUCAACGUGUAGGCACCUUUCAAAUCAAUAGAAAACAAAUAAGGGGGUACGUGAUAAGAUAACUCCUUCGAUGGUUUCACAUUUCCACUAAAGGAAGUGGUAAACGAAAGAAAAUUGUAACAUGUCUCCACGAAAUUUUCUUUCAAGGAAAGUCAACGAGUUCUUUAAUUAGUAACUGUUAGAAUAAAAAUC